GUGACGUCAGCGCCGGACGCUCCUUAUAUGGACACGUGUCUCGCUCUUACAGUAGUAUAACCAGAGGGUCGUUGUCAGAGCAGAGUAAGAAACGAGAGGAUUUACACAUCACACACACCGUGAUCAGGAUCGCACGGACACACCCUGUACCUGGACUACAUUUACCGACAUGGUGUCGAUCAGGCUCCCAGCAGCAGCAGCAGCUCUCUUUGUGAUUUCUCUCCUCACACACUCUGCAUCAGCCUCCUAUCCCCGAGCACAGAAUGUCACUUGGAAAUCCACCAACUUCAAAACCUUUUUGACCUGGGAGCCCAAACCCUCAGAUUACUCCUACACCGUGGACUUCUCUGCGAUUGGAAGGAACCAGCAGAAUAACCCUCACUGUAUCCGGUCCACAGCGACAGUUUGCGACCUGUCCGCCUCCCUCGUUGACCUGAAUGCCUGCUACAUGGCGGACGUCCUCUCCACCCCGCUGCUGGGGGAGACCACUGACCUCACAGAGUUCCCGAACACCGCCUCACCUCGCUUCUGCCCCUACAAAGACACUGAAAUAGGCAGACCUGACUUCAAGCUGCAAGUGAGCGAAGACAAAAAGAAGACCACGCUGUAUGUGUCUGACCCACUCACCGCCAUCUUCAAAGAUGGACAUCAGCAGACCAUCAGGGACAUCUUCUCUGACCAGCUGCAGUAUAAAGUCACCUACCGGAGAAAUAAGAGCACCGGCAAGAAAGUGUCAAUCUCUAAGAGCAAUGUUAUAGAGCUGACAGAUCUGGAUAGAGGGGAGAGUUACUGCUUCAACGUGCAGGCCUACAUCCCCAGCAGAGACACAGACAAACAGCUGGGGGAGAUGAGCCAGACGCAGUGCUCCAAUGACGACUCCCAAUCCAUCUUCGAAGUGUAUUCGAUCGGUGUGAUCGCUGCGGCCAUCUUCCUCAUCCUGCUGCUGAUAGGCUUCAUCAUCGCCAUCACUGUGGUCUGCUGGAAUCGUAGGAAGAAGGCUCUGCAGAAGGAAAAAGAAGAAGUGCCACUCAACCGUGUAUAGACACACACACACACACACACACACACACACACACACACACACACACACACACACACACACACACACACACACACACACACACACAUACACACACUGUGAGAACAUGCGGUACAACUAAACUGCACUUGUGGGGAGGGCAGAUCUAACCCAGAUUUCAUGUCAAACACUGGAAUCUAUCCUUUAGUUUCUAUGAAACUGCCUCUGAAUAUGUUGGACAUAUUUUAUUCCUUUUUCACUCCAUGCUGCAGAAAAAGAGACUUUAGGGAACACUAUUUCAACGCCUACUGUAAACUAUCCUGCUGAAAUUGUAAUAUUUCAUUCCUAGUUUUUUACUUUGGUACUGCUGACUGUAGAUAAAUACUACCAACGGAUUUUAUUUAUUUCAUUUUUAAGUGUAUUUUAUAACUUGAAACCUUUGGGAGACUUUAUGGGAAAUCAAUCUAGAUUGUAUUAUUUUUGUAUCGGAUGCUUAAUUUAUUUGAACUGUAAUUAACAUAUGUGUAAAUGAUGUGAUUAUUUGUAGUUUUAUACUUCAGAUUGUUGAGGAUUAUUUUAUAUUGUGGUGAAAUGUUGAUAAUCUAAUAAAGAUUUUGCAGAAA